AUGGGCCAGCUCCAGCACUCCGGCAUGCUGGACCACUCCGAUCUCGGGCUGGGGACUGGGACGGGACUGGUUUCGCCGCCAGAUGAUGGUCACCUGGAGGAUGGCAACAAGUCCCCGAUGGAGGCCAAUGGGGGAGCCAACAACAAUAACAACAACAACAACGACAAUGACGACGAGGACGUCAUCGAUUGA